GGUCAAUUUGUAAUUUUAUACAAACCCGUGCCACACAAUCGUGACGUCCUUGUCAACCUGCAGCCGACCCAUAUAUGUCCACGGCCGUGUUAAUAGCCGCUGUUGUCGGCGGCGGAGUUCUGCUCCUCAUGCGCCGUCUUUUCCCACGGCGGAAAGCAGUAAAGCUGCUCCAGUAUCCGACUGACACCAUGCGUGGAAAGACUGUGAUUGUGACCGGGGCUAACAGCGGGAUAGGAAAGGCUUUGACCGGGGAGCUGCUGAAGCUGCGCGCCCGGGUCAUCAUGGCCUGCCGGGACCUGCGGAGCGCCGAGGACGCAGCCCAGGACCUCAAGAGCCAAGCGGGGCCAGAGCAAGGGGAGGUGGUCAUCAAACACCUGGACCUUGCUUCCCUCCGAUCAGUCCGGGAAUUUUGUGAGGAAAUCAACAAGGAGGAACCAAAGAUUGAUGUGCUGGUCAACAAUGCUGGAAUCUAUCAGUGUCCCUACACAAAGACAGAAGAUGGUUUUGAGAUGCAGCUCGGAGUGAAUCACUUGGGCCAUUUCCUCCUCACCCACCUGCUACUGGAUCUCCUGAAGGCUUCAUCUCCCAGUCGCAUCGUUGUCGUUUCCUCCAAACUCUACAAAUACGGCCACAUCAACUUUGAUGACUUGAACAGCGAAACAAACUACAACAAAGCCUUCUGCUACAGUCAGAGCAAGUUGGCCAACCUGCUCUUCACACUGGAGUUGGCUCAUCAGGUCGAGGGCACAGAAGUCACGGUCAACGCCCUCACCCCAGGCAUGGUGAGGACAAGACUGGGCCGGCACGUCCAAAUCCCUCUCCUGGCUAAGCCGCUGUUCCACCUCGCCUCAUUGGUUUUCUUGAGGAGUCCGUUGGAGGGAUCCCAGACGCCGCUCUACCUGGCCUGCUCCCCAGAGGUGGAGGGCGUAUCAGGGAAGUGUUUCGCUAAUUGUGAGGAGGAGGAGCUGAUGGCCAAAGCUACAGACAAACAGGCAGCCAAAAAACUGUGGAACAUAAGCAGGAGGAUGGUUGGACUCGCAGAGUGACCAUGGGGCCAGUUCUGUGGACAGGAUUGUUGGGGAAUUAAGUGUUCUUGGACUACUUUGUUAAUCAAUUUCUGCUUGCAGACAUCAUUGUGCAAGAGAUGGGUUGUGAAUAAAUCCACUUUCCUCCCUGGGGAUGAAAAUGUAAUGAAAUGACAUGUUGUGCCUCAGAAGUGUGAUAAUUAGGAUUCUGGGGACUACAUUACAGAACUGAUUAGAGCUUAUAUUAGGAUUUAAAUUUUAACAUGCGCCUAUUAAAGUGAAGUUUUGAAAGAAGAAGCAUUGUAAUGAUUUUUCAUCCAGGUAAUUAUUUUUACUUUAACCCUGUUAUUCAAAAACGCAUUUACCAUUUGGGAAACAUUUAGAGACAUAGUUUGCUUAAAAGAUACUAACCUGAUAAUGUGAGUGUUUAUGCAUUAUACAUUUUGACUUUACACAUGCAGUAGAAAAUCCUAUACACCUUUCAUACAGUGCCUUGCAAAGUAUACAAACCCCUUUUUCUUUUUUUCGAUUACAGAUGAGAACAUUGAUGGGUGUUAUGUGAUGGCCCAACAAAAUCAUAAUCUAGUUGAAAAAAAGAACACAUGUUUUUCAAACAUUUUAAUAAAUAGAUAUCGAAGAGCUGUGACUUGAAUAUGUAUUUAGCCUCCUUUACCCUUAUCAGGAAUGAAUUUAUGGAGAAUUAAAAGCAGGGUUCUAAAAUAAUAUCCCAAGCUUUGGACAUAUCACCAAGCAGUGAUCAGUCCAUUAAGACUAUUAUCAUACAGUACAUUUAGAUUUUAAUUUCAAUCAUUUUAACUAUACGUUGCUGAGGCUGUUUUAUUUUAUUUCAUUAUAACAUGACCUUAUCAAAGCUCAGAUGCAGACAUCAGGAUCAAAGGGACUGGACUCAGUGCAUUCAUGAAAGGCAAGCUGAGCUGUCACAUUUACUUCCACUGUGAGGUCUCAUUACUGCUUGUGCUCUUGAGAUCCUCAGUUGAACCAUUGUCUGCGCUGAAUUUGUGCAUAGCUCAACAUCAGCUUUGCACUGCAAAGCAAGAACAAGUGGAAAGUAGCUGUUUGAACUGGUUACCUUUGAUGCAUUUUUAAGCUUAAAUGGUUUCUGCUGCGUCUGUAGAUCUGCGAUGCAGAUUUGUAAACUGCCGCUGCACCGUGACUCCCUCUUGUGGAUGGAUAUCAAACUUUACAAGUAAAUAACUUUUUACCUCUACAGGAAGUCCACCUGAAAGGACAUCCAUCAACAAGAACAAUGAAACCGCAGAACCACAGAAGCGAUUAUUUUGCAAGAUUCUCACUUUAAUGAGUUCUACUUACCUAAACCAAAUCAGCCCAUUGUUUGCUAUCACACAAUUCGUUUUAAUACUGUUUCUUUCUUCAUGCAUAUCAUGUAAAAUUCAGAUCAAUGACAACAAAUUCCAAGACAUUUCUGUAUGUCUGAUACAACAGAAUAACUGUUUCCUUUAAGUUCUGAAUAAAGACCAGUGACUCCAACUAAAAAGA